AUGCCGCCCGUCGCCGAGACGCACCGCGCUCAGCCACAAUGCACCGCCGCGUCGCCGCAGGACGCAGGGCCGCACUACGAGCCCCACAAUGGCACGCCGCCGUCGCCGUUAGCUCGUGGCUUAUUCUGGUACCUGCUCAUACUCCCGGAGGGGAAAUGGGCCGGGGUCGCACCGCAGUUCACUGGGCCGGGCUGGAGGUGGCCGGCCGGCUGCAGCCUGACCUCUGCCCCGCAGCAGCCCGAGUACGAGGAGGACGAGGAGCCGGCGCUGGAGGGGCUGGAGCAGCGCGAGGUGCUCGUGCUGGGGCUGGAUGGCUCUGGGAAGAGCACGUUCCUGCGCGUGCUGUCGGGAAAGCCGGCGCUGGAAGGCCACGUGCCCACCUGGGGCUUCAACUCGGUGCGGCUGUCCUGCAGGGACUUCCAGGUGGACCUGCUAGAGAUCGGUGGCAGCCAGAACCUGCGCUUCUACUGGAAGGAGUUUGUGAAUGAGGUGGACGUGCUGGUGUUCGUGGUGGACUCGGCGGACCGGCCGCGACUGCCUUGGGCCCGGCAGGAGCUACACAAACUGCUGGACAGGGACCCUGACCUGCCUGUCGUCAUCGUGGCCAACAAGCAGGACCUGAGCGAGGCGGUGAGCGUGGUGGAGCUGCAGCGGGAGCUGGGCCUGCAGGCUGUCAACAGCCAGCGGGAGGUUUUCCUCUUGGGAGCCAGCAUCGCCCCCGAGGGGCCUGCGGGGGAACCCGGCACCGUGCACAUCUGGAAGCUGCUCUUGGAGCUUCUCUCCUAGGCGGGAGUCGGCGUCCUCAACCCCAGCCCUGGGGCCACAGGUCGAAGCUGCUGCUUUGGCACCAGCCUGGGCUUGGGGCAAGAGCCGGGUGGCAGCACUUCCCUCCUCCCCGUCUUGCCCUCUCAAGAGCAGGGCCCGGGCGAGGCCGAGCACCGUGCAGAUGCCUUCCCGAGGAGGUGGGCGAGACAGUCGGGGAGGGGGGUGUCUGGCUCGCUCCAGCCGGAAGGUGGAUCCCUUCUCUUGUCUGUACACUGAGACGCUCCGCGGGUUCGAUCCUCCCCUCCCUGCCGGUCCUUGCGGUGGAAGAACCAGUGUAGGUAUCAGAAAUACUCCUGGAGCCCCAAGGUCCCCCAGUCUAGACUGUUCCCUCCUCCCACGUGGGCGGGUUCUGGGUGGUCCGCAGUGAGCCCUUGCACCAGUCCUGCACUGUACAGCCCCAGCUCUGCCUGCCUGCCUGGCUUGUGCAGCCUCUGCCUCUCUGGCCCUCGGGCCAUCAUUUUCAAAAGGAGGUGAUUCCCAUGGUUUUUCCUAGUUUGGAGAUGCAUUUCCCAGCCAUGGAGAUAUGUAUGCAGUGCCGGGAUGAACCCCGAAAUCCCAGCAAGGAGCUUUCUGAAGACUCCCUGCUUCCCCUGAGCCAGGGCCUGGCCUGCCAGCCGCACUUGCCUACGGGGUGAGUGGUAUCCAUCCGCCAAACAGGACAAGCGAAGCCUGGUGGUUCUCUUUUCCUUAGCCUGGAGACAAGUAGCUGUGCGUGUGCUAACCGUGCCAAUGCCCGUGUUUACGUAAGUCUGGGAGAGGAAGGCGCUCUUGUCCCUGGGAAGAAGACGUCAGCUGUACCUGGGCGUGUCAGCGUCAGAGCUGCAUUUUAUUUAUUUAUUUAUAAGAAGAACAGGCCAAGGUUCUAGGCUUUGUUUCUAGGUGCUGUUAUCAAAACCCCAGAUGAUUGUCAUAGAAAACUUGGAACUUUGAGGAAAAUAGCUGGAAUCAUGAAGGACAGUGAGA